GCGCUGGAAUCACUACGCGACGCAAUUGUGAGCUCAAUUUAAAGAAGCUCACUAAGCUAGAAGAGGAGGUAAUUACUAGGCAUAUACUUGACCUAGACUCGUGAGGGUUUCCGCACUCCAUCUUCCUUACUCGUCUAGUGCUGCGCCCCAGUAGCUGGUAGGACACCAAGGCAUCGAGCAUAGCCGUUGUGUGUGAGGCUGAGGUUAAUGCUGCCUGCGACGUCCCGCCUUAAUUUAGUCUUCUCUGCAACGUACACGCACUGAAGACCACCAAACGGCACGAUUGAUGAUCUAAGGGUCCAACUGGAAGCCAAGUAAACCAAUGCGCUUUCAGACGUGCCACGCGCAUGACAGCCAUACACCAGCUCAACUUCACGAAGCUGAAGGCUAUAAGAAAGGACAAUGACCAAGUUCUCCUGAAUAUCAUAGUCGUCCAUAGCCUUCGAGAUCACCCUCAAGGAACCUGGGAGGCAGCGGUAAGCGCGAGUCACAGCGGCAACGGUAGCGACAUGACUAAACUACCUAAGAGCUUAAGGUCCCUAUUCAAGCGAUCGAUGGUCAGGCCCUCCGGGACUAAUGCCUCGUCGUCAUUGCCACCGUCUACGAUCUUUUGGCCAGAAGACUAUCUUGCGCAGGAUGUCGCUCAAACACAAAUAUGGACGUAUGGGUACAAUUUAGACGUAAAGAUUCAUUCCUUCCAGGAGGUGUGCGGAAUUUCUGGGAUAAAAGGUUUACAAGAAAAAGUUAUGAAUGACUUCUCGUCCAAGCUCGAUUUUCCGCAAACGCUGGAGACUGUUGAAAGCAUCAAUGUAGAUCAUAUGCAGAUGGCCAGAUAUAGUAGUAGGGACGAUGAAGGCUAUCGUGCUAUAUUAAGCGUCUUCAGAGGAUAUAUCAGCAAUGAGCUUAGAAGUAAGGCUAAGGCUAGGAUUGAGUCGCGUACGUUACGUCGAAGAACUCAUCUUAGACACCCAACACUAACGGGUUGGCAGCCGUUCUGAUGGAUUCUCUUCAAUCGCAAAGAAACUCAUUCAACCAAAGUGAGGUCAGUGCCUUGGGACAUUUGCGAUUCUGUGAUUCGACGCAUAGCUGGGCUCAAGCUUGGUGCACAGCUUCCAAG